AUGGCUCCUCAAAAGCAGCUUGUCCUCCGACUCACCUCCUUCCGUUAUAAGAAGGACGGUAUCUCCGAGAAGGACUUUCACGAGUACGGAACAAGACAGCAUGCACCCAAGGCUGCCCGCAUUCAGGAGAGACAUGGCGCCAUCAAGGUUACCCACAUUUACACUCCAAGUAUCAGCAAAAACCUCAUCACCGACAAGAUGCCCUGGGCUGUCCGUCCCGGCUGGAGCAUCGACGACCAUGACGUGUCGAUAUCUGUCUACGUGCCUGACCCUGAGACCUUGCAAGCAAUCGUCACGGAUCCCGAAUUCCAGAGUCUCAUCGCAGGCGAGGAUGAGAUCCUUGACCAGACGCGGGCCCACGUGACUGCAGGCUGGGAGGAACUUACAGCCAUGGGACAGGACAGCAAGACGACUUCUGCUCCUGCCGACGUUCGUAUCUAG